UAGAACAACAAGAUGGCGGCUGUCAUGAUUGCAGAGCAACCAAAAAAAUUAUCAAGUUACAGGUCAUAAAUCGCCACAAAACAUUCGAAGCAACAGGGAGAAAAUAAAACUGAGACAACCCUGAUAAAGAUGAGUUCUGUCGUAAACCACUGGACUCAAAACCUUGAGGAAUUCCGUCGCUCUCCGGGGACUUUUCUGGCGGCAAGAAACAUCACUGCACACAGUUUCGUAUUAGACAUCCUCGAGGUUCUUUGUCGUGAAAACCUUCCUGAAAACUUGAAGCUUAAGCUGCUAUUCUUACUUCAAGAAAAGGUCUCAACUCUUCUUCUUGAUUUAACAAGUGCAGAAUGUGCCGUGGGUUCACUGAAGGAAAUGUUCAUUCAUCCAUAUCAAAACAUGCUUCAGGCCUCAAGUGUCUCAAAUACCCCAAGGUCAGAAUCUUUGGUUAGUUCAAGAAAUGAUACAACUGCUCACUCCUCUGCUCAUUCAUCACAGAUUUACCUCAGUCAGAUUUUGGUCACUGGAACAGUCAUCCUGAUUUCUAAGGAAAUGGUGGAAACAAGUCAAGACGUUUUUGUGGAUUUUGUUGGAGUCUUGGCCGAUAUCAUUGAAAUGGCAAACAAUCCUUGUAAUUUACUUGUGAGAAGAACAGCAUGUGAAUGUCUUUGGGAAUUGGAGAUGUCAUACCCAGGCCUUCUCCAUGCAAAGCUGGAUCAUCUGUAUGCCAUAUGUGGUGCUGAGAACAGUCCUGUCUUCCAGAGCUACACGGUUUUGUUUGUUACUGUACUACGACAUGCCAUAGAACUUUUACUUCAAGAGUCUGGUACUAAAUUGGAUGACAAUUGUCUGAAUAAUUUACUCACAAGUCGCACAGAACCACUGAAGCCUCUUUACCUACCCAAACAAGCCGCAAAUCAAUUUUUACAAGUGCCCAUUCAGACUGGAGCUUUCAGCUCCAGCCCCUUGACCUUGCCAGCAAAUGUGGACACUAGAGAAUUAAAACGAGCGAUUUCCUUCUUGAUGGACAACAUUGGUUUUGUCAACACUACGGGGCUUUUCCAUGUCAUGUUUCAACUCAUGCAAUGUGUGAAACUUGCAGAACUUGCACCAAAUACCUUUAAGUCACAGUUUAUCACCUGGGUUUCCACCACUGAUCUGUCUGUGUUUCACGUGUUGCUGCUUUUAAAGCUUAAGUUUUUAGGGGAUUUGUUUCUUGAAGGAGAUGAACUUCUUCUGCUUCAAAGAAUGUUGUUGAUAUCAAGUCAACCUACUCUGCCACAAGGACAGCGACUGUUGUGUUUUGAAUGGCUCAUGUACUUUCCUACUAACGAGAAUGCUCCUGAGUUGCAGCCAAGUGUUCCUCACUGCUUGGAUUAUUCACAGUUCAACUUCUUUUACCCAUCUGUGUUUGAUUCUUUAGAUGUUACAGUUGAUAAACUUAAAGUCUUGUGCCUAUGUUUGGACCAUGAAACUUUAAACUCACCAGAUUCUGUAGGUGUUCCUUUGAUGCAGUGCCUCGCUCCACUCCUUAAGCGAGUCCAGGAAGGCACUGGAGGGAAGACGGUAGUGGCGCUGUUCAGAAGUAUAUUUUGGUAUUACAAGCAUCACUGGGACUCAGAACUUGAAAGAGAAAUUUAUAGGCUGGUGUUAUCUAUAGUGACAGAUCACCCACAGUUUAUACCGCACACAGUGGAUUUACUGAACUCUGUGUCUACAGUUACUCCACAAAGUACAUUUCCUAGUGACCUACUGAGAUCCCUCAGUGAACAUGUAGUGUCGCAGCCAGUGGAGUCCAUUCUACCAAACCUGACACAUCAUCUCAAAUUACUGUCUCUUGCUAUGAGGGGCAGUGAUAUACCACCUACACCCACAAUCCGCUUCUUAGUUCAAAUCCUUGAGAAAUCCGACAUCGCUCGCAAUGGUAACUGGACUGUUGGAAAUUGUGUACUAGCGGUGUGUUACAGUGUUUUGUUACAUCAUCAUUCAAGCGCUACAAUCACAGAACUUGGCAAUUUAUUACUGUUUGUCUGCGCAACUUAUCGGGACAUCGACAUUAGGGAUCGUGCCAGGUUUUACUACUGUCUCCUGACCAACGUAUCCAGUAAAAAGUGUUCCAAGAUACUGGCCUCAGAGACAUCCAAGCAGGGCCUUCCCCAUGUCAUCGCUGAUGACAUCACAACCAGUACAUUUCCAGUCCCCCCGCCUGUAAAACACGUCAGCCCUCCGUUUCUCAAGCUAACAAGGGUUCCCCAAGCAAAAUGUGAAGGUUCUCUGAGUGAUUUGAAGUCUUCAGCACUUGACGAGGUUAAGGAGUACACCAAAACUAGAGGUCUCUUGGAACAAUACCUCAAGAUGCUUGAUGGAACAACUUACAGUAAAGAAAUACCCAUUACUUACUACAUCCACUUCACGGAGACGCCAUCUUUGACAAUGCCGUCGAUUAUUUAUGCCCUGGUCCUGAAAUUUCAUUCAGAAAGAAGAUAUGAGAAACUCGAAGAUGUUCACAUUUCGUAUUUAUCGGCUGCCAAGUCUACAACUCCAUCCGAAGGUUGUUGUCAGAUAACCGUCAAUUUCUGUCCUCUUGAUCCAAUUCCCGCAGUGUUUCAAGUUAGGUGAGAAUCUUAAAACAUUUUAUUUCAUUCCAUUUCAACACGAGAGUUUCUUAGAUUUUAAGAUGACAUAAGUUCAUAAAGAACUAUGUGUAAUACCUUGGUAGCGCUUAUAUUUUCCAUGUGGUACGGCUGCCUUAAAUUGUAAAAAUCUACGUAUUUGGUAAUGACAUUUCAAUCACCCAUUUUUAAUAAUUCUUAACAUUGUUUCUCUGAC